UUCGAAACAUCUCAGCGGGAGGAGGUUCAGAACAAUGAUAAGUGAUUGGGAUAUAAAGACCUCCUCAGAAUUCUGGCUCAUCAAUUGUGAAAGAAUUGACUCGUGAAGUGUGAGCCGUAUACUACAGUACUCUAUGAAGUCGGAUUUUGCCUUUUCUUGCCUCCAGGAGACCCCGAAAUGCCGUCUAAUAAAGACCGUCUAUAUGUUGUCCUCUACGCGCGCGGAGGAGCCCCCACCAUGCCUGGGAAGGAAGAUACGUACCACUGGUCGUUUAUUGUUGGCCCGAAGAUCGAGACAGAAGGCAAAAGGGGUGUUCGGUACCACGCGAAGGAAAAGCCAAAAGCGGGAGGGGGGAGCACAUGGCUUUUCGAGGAGUUCGAAUGCCAACUCACCGCUACGAGCAUGUUGCUUGUUCGGGUUAUGGUAGGGAAGGUGGAGGAUGGGAACCGUCUUGUGCAAAUCCUGCGCACAACCCCCAUCAGGCAAGACCAAGUGGGGUGGAACUGCGUUGUUUGGAUACGGGAAGCUUUGGAGAGGCUCAAAGCAGAUAAUACAGCCUUGGGCACGAGCGUUAUCGACUGGGAAACGGUCCGCAAUGCAUCGAUGGCUUACUGUCAAAGAAAGAAAGACCAGCAUCGCUUUGAUGGGCAAGGAAAUUUUGAUAUGGCCAAAGCCCCGACAUAUGACUUGAUCGAGCGCAAGGAGACCAUUAUAUGAAAUAUGAGUGUU